AUGCUGUUCUUCCCCUGUUGGGUCAUCCAGUUGCGAAAAUUCGUCGCCUCGCUGCCGACGUCCUCGUCACCUUUCUACCAGUCUCCUCCUGCCCUCCCCUGGGCCCUCUACAGCUUCUGCGGACGACUUCAUCUACAAGUCGCCAAGGGGAGGUGGAUCGCGGCCAUCUCCAGACCUCCACCAGCCUUGCUAACAUGUGCUCUGGAGAUUUAA